AUGGAGCGUCUCAUAUCAAUAUCCAGACCGAUAGCCAACGCUCUUUGUUCUCAAUGUAGUAAAAAUAGUCAUAAUUUUAUUAUUCAACGAACUGUUCACAAAGCAGCACGUGAACCAUUUAUGAGCGCUUCAUCAUCGAACUAUAUUGACGAAAUGUAUGAUCAAUGGUCCAAAGAUCCUCAUUCUGUCCAUAAGUCAUGGGAUAUUUACUUUAAAAAUCAAAUGUAUCAGAGGCCACCAACAUUAGGUGUAACGCCACCGUCUCCAGCUCUGACACAGUAUUAUCAAAAGACUGGAUUUUUAGCAUCCGGGCAACAACCGCAACAAUCAACACAAUUACAACAAGUCGCUGAUUCCACUGUACUAGAAUUACCGGUCGCUUCAAAAGCCAUCGCUGAUCAUAUGGCUGUGCAAGCACUCGUCCGAUCAUAUCAGAUGCGCGGUCAUAAGUUAGCUCAACUGGACCCACUCGGAAUAAAUACAGCUGAUUUAGAUAGUGAAAGACCAAAUGAUUUGACUCCUAAAUUUUAUAAUUUCAAUCUUGAUCGCAAAUUUUCUGUACCUCCAAUUACAUUUAUCGGUGGAAAUGAAACAGAAUUAACGCUACGAGAAUUAAUUACUCGUCUUGAGAAUGUUUAUUGUCGGACAAUUGGUCUUGAAUAUAUGUACAUAAAUAGUUAUGAAAAAUGUAACUGGAUUAGGCAUCGUUUUGAAGAUCCAUCGCUGAAAAAAUUGACAGUAAACGAAAUUGAACGUAGUGUUAAACGUUUAAUUCGUGCUUCAAAAUUCGAAGAUUAUUUAUCGAAAAAAUGGAGUUCAGAAAAACGUUUUGGUUUAGAGGGUUGUGAAGUGUUGAUACCAGCAAUGAAAAUAGUUAUUGAUGUUGCAUCUGGCAAAGGUGUUGAUACAGUUAUUAUGGGUAUGCCUCAUCGUGGACGAUUAAAUGUACUUGCCAAUGUGACACGUAAACCAUUAGAAGAAAUAUUUUGUCAAUUUGAUCCAAAAUUAGAACCAUCAGAUGUUUCUAUUGAUAAAGCUUAUAUUAUUGGUACUGGUGAUGUCAAAUAUCAUUUGGGUACUUGUAUUGAGCGCGUCAAUCGUGCUACAAAUACUAUGGUUAAAUUGGCGGUUGUUGCUAAUCCAUCUCAUCUUGAAGCUGUUGAUCCUGUUGUACAAGGUAAAACACGUGCAGAACAGUUUUAUCGUGGUGAUAAACAGGGUGAUAAAGUAAUGAGUUUGAUAUUACACGGUGAUGCAGCGUUUGCCGGUCAAGGCGUUGUUUACGAAACAUUUCAUUUAAGCGAUUUACCAGCAUACACAACCCAUGGAACUGUUCAUAUUAUUUGUAAUAAUCAAAUUGGUUUUACAACUGAUCCACGUAUGGCUCGUUCAAGUCCCUAUUGUACUGAUGUUGCGCGUGUUGUUAAUGCACCAAUAUUUCAUGUUAAUGCUGAUGAUGUUGACGCAGUUUUACACGUGGCAAAAGUAGCAGCUGAAUGGCGUUGUACAUUUAAAAAGGAUGUUGUCAUCGAUCUGGUUUGUUAUCGACGUCAUGGUCAUAAUGAAAUGGACGAACCAAUGUUUACACAACCGUUCAUGUAUAAAAAAAUUAAGAAACAAACACAUGUAUUAGAUAAAUGGUCACAAAAAUUGAUUAGUGAAGGUACUAUCAAGAAGGAAUGGUACGAGGCUGAACAAGCUAAAUAUCAAAAAAUUCUUGAUGACGCAUUUCAAAAUUCAAAACUACCAUCGUAUGCAAAAGAUAAAAAUUGGCUCGAUUCCCCAUGGAAAGGAUUUUUUACUGGCAAAGGACCAUUUCCCUAUCCUGAAACUGGUAUACCAGAAGAUACAAUAAACACAAUUUUGACAAAAGCACAUGAAUUACCAGACGGUUUUACACUACAUAGAGGUUUAAAACGUGUAUUUGAUAAUCGUGCUAAAUUAUUGAGUGAACGUACCGUUGAUUGGGCAUUGGGUGAAUCUUUGGGUGUCGGAAGUGUCUUAUUAGAUGGUCAUCAUGUACGAUUGAGUGGUCAAGAUGUUGAACGUGGAACAUUUUCACAUCGUCAUCAUGUUUUACACGAUCAAGAAAAAGAUUUAGUAUUUCAUGUACCAUUAAACUAUUUGAGUUCAACACAAGGACAUUACACAAUAUGUAAUAGUUCAUUAUCAGAAUUUGCAGCAUUAGGAUUUGAAUUGGGUUAUUCAACAACAAAUCCAAAUUCAUUAGUUAUUUGGGAAGCACAAUUUGGGGAUUUUGUUAAUAAUGCACAAUGUAUUAUUGAUCAAUUUAUAUCCAGUGGACAAGCAAAAUGGGUCCGACAAAGUGGUAUUGCUCUUCUCUUACCACAUGGCUAUGAAGGACAAGGACCUGAACAUUCAUCAGCAAGAUUAGAACGAUUUUUACAAAUGGCUGAUGAAGAUGAAGAUUUUGUUCCUCAACUACAAAGUGGAAAACAUUUACAUCAUAAUGAUCUAUCUAUGUACCAGUUAGACGAAACAAAUUGGAUUGUAGCACAUUUAACAACACCCGCAAAUUAUUUUCAUAUACUUCGAAGACAAUUAGCAUUACCAUUUAGAAAACCAUUGGUUAUGAUGUCACCAAAAUCAUUGUUACGUUUAGAAGAAGCGCGUUCAAGUUUUGAUGAAAUGUUACCAGGCACAAAAUUUAAACGAAUCUAUCCCGAAGAAGGUGUGGCAAAUGAAAAUCCUCAAGAAGUUGAAAAAAUUAUAUUUUGUUCUGGUAAAACGUAUUAUGAUUUAGUUAAAGAACGAGCACAGCAUAAAUUAGAAUCUAAAAUAGCUAUUGUACGAAUUGAACAAUUAUGUCCAUUUCCAUUUGAUUUAAUACGUGAUGAAUUAGAAAAAUAUAAAAAAGCAAAAGUUUGUUUUGCACAAGAAGAACAUAAAAAUAUGGGACCAUAUACAUAUUGUAAACCACGAUUAGCAUGUUUAUUACGGUCAAUGAAUGAUGACCGUGAAGCAGAUAUCAAUAAUUGGUAUGCUGGUCGUGAAUCAGCUGCUGCUACAGCAACCGGUAUCAAAUCAAGUCAUUAUACGGAGCAAAAAUCAUAUAUGAAAACAGCAAUGGCAUUAUAG